GACCAACUAGUUGUUAAGGAUAGAAACUCCUUAACCAUACAUUUAUAACAUUUUCUCAACAAUUUUCUUCUCUUUACCAAUGACUUGACUCCAAGAAUUAACAAGCAAAUUCAAGCACCAACCAGAUUAUAGCUUUCUGAAGCAAGCUUCUUAAUAAAACAGAGUCUUUAUUUGAUAUAUUUCCCCCCUUUAUUUUACAUCAAAUAAAAGAAAAGUUUUUAUUUGCUUUCUUUUUCUGGGAGAGGGAGAGAAUGAUAUGGGCCUUUCACGUGUGACAUUGAUUAUAUGGUGAAUUCUAAUUAUAUAUCACCAGAAGAAAAGAAAGUCUUUCACAUUUUGUAAUUUGUUGGAUCAUCAUUUUCACUUUUUUAAUUUCAAUAUAAGAUUUAGCUUUGUCUUCUUCAACAAAGCAGCAGUUUAUAUACAGGCAUUUUCUCUAUUAGUUAAGUUCUUGUAACAAGAUGGAAAUAUAUUAAAGGAUCUGUGUUUGAUGAAUGAUGAAAACUCAAGUUUGUGUUUGAUAUGAAGCUUCUGCGACCUGAUCACAGGACAAAGGACUAUGGAACUCAACUGAUCCAAGAAGCACACUGCAUUGCUACAUUUCGAUGGAGAAUUAUCAGGAAGCUCGGUUUCUUCCCGGAAACGCAAUGAUGAACACUACCGUUUCUUACUCAGAGGAAGCAGCCGGUAGAAAAAGAACAGAAGCUAGCAAUGUCUCAGCCUCACAUGAAACGCAAGUAUAUUCAAGAUUUGGUGGAGUUUCACAAAUGCAGGACAUUCAGGAUUUCGGUUCUUGGAGAGAUCAAGCGAGUGACAGGAGUGGUUUCCAGCUAGUGAACGCUAUGGCAGGCCCUACGAGAGUUCAUCAGACCGGUCAAGGAUUGUCCCUUAGCCUCGGUUCACAGAUUCUCCCUGGUAUACAUCAGGGAAUGUCUCCAAGACCGGAGCAUUGUAGAGGCAAUGAGUAUGCAACUCAGAGCUUUCCGGUCGGUAACCCGAACAUGGAUGUUGUGAGAACAAUUCCCAACUCAAAGUAUCUCAAGGCAGCUCAAGAGCUUCUAGAUGAGGCUGUUAAUGUAAAGAAAUCUCUGAAUCAGUUUCAGCCAGAAGGAGAUAAGAACAAAGAGAACCCUCAAGAACCGGAUCAAAACCCUCAAGACUCAAACAAGAAUCCUCCCGCUGAGAUCUCUCAAUCAGAGAGACAAGAAUUGCAUAACAAGUUGACAAAACUCUUGUCAAUGUUGGAUGAGGUGGAUAGAAGAUAUAAGCAAUAUUACCAGCAGAUGCAGAUAGUUGUAUCCUCCUUCGACGUGAUAGCAGGUUAUGGAGCCGCUAAGCCAUACACAGCACUCGCUCUUCAAACCAUUUCACGCCAUUUCCGUAGCCUAAGAGAUGCAAUAUCAGAACAAAUCGUCGUGACACGAAAAUGCCUCGGGGAACAAGAUGGUUCUGAUGGGAAAGGAGUUGGGACAAUAAGCCGACUUAAGUACGUUGAUCAACAUUUAAGACAACAAAGAGGUUUCAUGCAACCUCAGGCUUGGAGACCUCAACGUGGCCUACCUGAAAACUCUGUUUUGAUUCUCCGUGCUUGGCUCUUUGAACAUUUUCUUCACCCUUACCCAAAGGAUUCUGACAAGAUCAUGCUAGCAAGACAAACAGGGUUGAGCCGUGGUCAGGUCUCAAACUGGUUUAUAAAUGCGCGUGUGCGUUUAUGGAAGCCAAUGGUGGAAGAAAUAUAUAAGGAGGAGUUCACAGAGAAUGAUUCCAACUCGUCCUCCGAAAGUACACCAAAAAUGUCUGAGGUACGUCCUGUUGUUGCUGAUGAUGAAGAUCGAGCUCAAGAGCUUCCACAAGAUCAUGGACAUGAGUAUGGUGUGGAAACUUGUGGCAUGGUCCAGGGCGGUCAUCAAAUGGAUGGUGGGAGGUUUAUAACAAUUGAGCCUACAUAUCAUGUGGCUGAGAUUUCAAGAUUUGGUGGUGGUGGUGGUGUCUCUUUAACUCUAGGACUUCAGAAUUCUCAAGGACAUGAUAAUGUUGUUGCUAUGUCUAGUGAGGCGUACAACAGCUUUCCAGGGGUUGAUAUUUACGGAAAUGACAUACCGGGAGCUGAGAUGGAGUAUGUAAACCCUGGGAGUCGCCAGAACAGGAUAAAUUCUUCACAAAUGGUACAUGAUUUUGUAGCUUGAAGAAAAAGCAAUGGGGAGGAAUAAAUGUGUGUGUGAAUGUUAUGAUCAGUCUCAAUUCUCUAGUGGAAGAUUUGGUCAGAGAAAAAAAAAUAGAAAUAAUUGUAUAAAGAAAACAUUCUUUUGUGUAAGAAAGUGUACAACAAUCAGAAUCAUGAGUUUUAAAUUUGA